AGAGGGGAAAAAAAGAGUGGAACAGAAUAGCAUGAGCGGGAGGAGGAGGAGUGAGCAAGUGAGAGAGAGAGGGAGAGAGAGAGAGAGAAAGAGAGAGAGAGAGAGAGAGAGUGGAGGAAAGCGAGAGAGCUCGGCUGAAUUGUGAGUGGCUCACGACACUUAGUGAACAGAAGGUGUUUCUGCAUGCACUGGCAUUGCACUACUCUGCUGCAAGGGCUCCAGCUCCUCUCUUUUUCUCUCUCUCUUUCUCUUCCUCUCUCCCUCCCUCUCUCUCUCUCUCUCUCUCUCUUUCUCUCGUUCUCUUUUCUCUCUCUCUCUCUUUUCUCUCCACAAACCAGCCCUGCCUUUCAGCCUCUAUGCUUCAGCAUCUCCGCUCAGCAACAGCCUUUUCCUCAGCCUACACAAAAUGAGCGACUCUCAAAAGAGGGCUCACUGGAAACCGGGCUGACAGGACAUUGGACUACCAAAAUUAAAACAAAAAAACAGGAAAAAAAGAAAGAGAGAAAGAAAAAUGCCAGAGCAACUAGCAUUCAUUUCAGAUGAGCGCUUAUUUCUGAGGAGCUGUCCACCGAGAGAAUGAUGACCGGUCCGAAUGGAUACGAGCCAUGCAGCUUACCGACAGCUUCAAGUAACGGACUUUAAUUUGCAUCGACACUUCAAGAGAAUCAGUUGCACAAAAAAUACAGGGGAGGAAAAAAAGACUUCUGUUUUGACUUCCCCCUCUUGUGAACGUGUGUGUCUGUUUUUUUUUCAUCCUCUCAUCUCGCUCUAAUCAGCGCAGCAGUCACUGCAGAGAAGCAGGAGAGGGAGGACCGUGCUCAUGCAUGCAGUCUGGGCAGCUUGCAUUUCCUGCGAGUGCACUGAAUGCCACUUGGAUUCCUUCUCUUUCUGGCUCUUUCACGCGAGGAGAACUAAGACAUUGUAAGUCUGCCAGAUUCUGGUAGCUGCUGAAAAGGAGGGGGGAGGCUGCAUUUGUACCACACUGGGAUCUUUUUUAUAUUCACACCUAAUUAUUGCAGGCACAAAGGGAGCAGCUGAAUAGAGGUUGUCAGCCUCUGGAAAAGGGAUUUUCUUUCACUUUGAGUAACAAAUCACCAUCACCCAAACCACAUAAACAAAAAGAGAAAAAAAAUCAUGCUGCUCAAAAUGAGACAAAUCUAAAAGAUUCAAUGAACUUCUUCUUCGAGACACUGCAGGAUAUUCAUGCUAAUGGAUUUCCUUCUAAUUGGUCUGUAUUUAAAGUGGACGCUAAGAAAGCCCCCCGGGUUGUUACUGUGCUCUCUGGGCAUCCUUCUGAAAAUGGUUCCCCUGGUGGGGGGGAGCUGUCCAAGGCUUUGCCGCUGCGACAGCAAGCUCCUCUACUGUGAGGGACUCAACUUGACAGACAUUCCCCACAACCUGAGCAGCGCCACCGGCUUGUCUCUGCGGGAGAACAACAUAUCGGAGCUGCGUGAGGGGCACUUUGUCGGCCUGUCGCAGCUCACCUGGCUAUACUUGGAUCAUAACAACAUCGAAUACGUGGAGGAGAGCGCUUUCGAGAGGCUGCGGAGGAUUAAAGAAUUGGACCUGAGCACCAAUCGGAUAGAGAGCUUGUCUAAUGGAACCUUCAGACCCCUACCCAAUCUGCGCAUCUUGGAUUUAUCCUACAACAGACUGCAGUCCCUGGAGCCAGACCUUUUUCAUGGGCUUAGGAAGCUUACUAAUUUGCAUUUACGAUACAACGCCCUGAAAUUUGUGCCCGUACGGAUCUUCCAGGACUGCAGGAGCAUGCAGUUUCUGGAUUUGGGCUACAACCAGCUACAGAGCCUGGCCCGAAACUCAUUCGCUGGUCUUUUUAAGCUGACUGAGCUGCAUCUGGAGCACAACGAGCUGGUGAAAAUCAACCUGGCCCACUUUCCCCGCCUCAUCUCUCUGCGCACACUCUACAUGCGUAAUAACAAAGCCACCAUUGUGGUCAGCACCCUGGACUGGACCUGGCACUUCCUGGAAAAGAUCGAUUUCUCAAACAAUGAGAUUGAAUACAUUGAGCCGCAUGUCUUUGAGAGUGUGCCCAACCUCAAGGAGCUUAUGCUGGACUCUAAUAAGCUGACAUAUGUGGACCAGCGCAUUCUGGGCUCCUGGACAUCCCUGGGCAGUAUCACCUUGUCCGGGAAUGCAUGGGAAUGCAGCCGCAAUGUCUGUGCCCUGGCCUCCUGGCUGAGCAGCUUCCAGGGUCAACGUGACAGUGCCUUGCAGUGUGCCAGCCCGGACAUGGCCCAAGGCGAGGACAUCCUGGAUGCCGUCUAUGCCUUCCAGCUAUGCGAGGAUGGCAUCGAGGCCACCACUCAGACCUACACGGCCACUAGAGACCUGGCCCGAGGCUCCAUUUUUAAAGGUCCCACCAGGACACCAUAUGAUUUGCAAGACAUGGAGGGUGGUGAGGUGGUGACCAAUUCCUUCACAGUGACUGCGGCCACUGAUGACCUGGAGAGCACCAUGCAGAUCCACAAGGUAGUGACAGGCACCAUGGCACUCAUCUUCUCAUUCCUGAUUGUAGUGCUCAUGCUCUAUGUGUCUUGGAAGUGUUUCCCAGCUGGCGUGAGGCAGAUGAGACAGUGCUUCAGCAACCAGCGACGCAAGCAGAAGCAAAAGCAGACCAUGCAGCAGAUGGCCACCAUGUCCACUCCUGAAUACUAUGUUGACUACAAGCCUAAUCAUAUCGAGGGGGCCCUCGUCAUCAUCAAUGAAUUCGGAUCCUGCACUUGCCAGCAACAGGCAUCUCGGGAGUGUGAGGUGUGACAGUCUGGCUGCUGGAUAUCUUGCAAUCACAAAUUUUGUUGGAUCAAUGUACAUGGGACAUGCUUUUACACUGCAUCACACUGUGCUGCUUUCUCAAGGAUGCUUGAUGGCACAUUUGGAAAAAAAUGGGACAAGGCCAAGGAUUUACUGCUAAUAUAAAAGGCUUCAGUGGGUUUUGAUGGACCUGGUUUUGGGACUGGUUUACAAGCAAGAGUGAGAAGCUUUGAGGAAUACAGGGACUAAUCAAGGUCAAGUUGUGAAGCUUGGAUAUUUGAGCUUUAAUAUGUCUUUCUACUACAGAAGAUUUAAAGCUAAUGAGGACAUUGAUGAAAACAUGCUUUUUUUUCAUUGUGGUAUCAAAAAUCUAAAUGGGUUAAAAAAUGAAAUGAGACAAGUCUGUGUAAAAUAUGUUGAAAUGCAAGAGUGGGAAAUAAAAUACAAGAAGCUAUCUUAUUUCUUUUGUAAACUAUGGAAAAAGAAUCAAAUGUUUAAAUAAAUAAAAAAGCAAUUCACAGUAGUCAGGUCUGGAGAUAAGUCUAAGGGUAACUGGGGAGGACUGGCAGGGUGACGAUGUUGUAUUUAAACAGGUGAUCUCGUCACAUCGUUUUGAAAUGUCAAGCCUCAAUCUGAAAUUCAAAAUUCAGAUCUCCCCCCUCUCUUACUCUCUCUCUCUCUCUCUCUCUCCUAUCUCUCUAUCUCGUUCAAUCUGCUUCUCACCGUAUGUGAGGAAUAAUCACUGUGCAGAUUUGAUGUUACUGUUGUGGUUGCUUUUUUUUAUCUAUUCCCAUGUCCCUCUCCUUACAGAUUAAGCAAAUUAGCAGAGGGAAAAAAAAGGGAUGCAUGACGCAUUCAGAUCAGAUGGUGCACCAUUUUUUUUACAUGAUAAAGUCAUGAUGCGGGUUGCUUUUGGGAAAAAAAAAAAAACAGAAUGAGGGUGUUUAAAGGCUCAAACCUAUGCCUAUUGCUUUUUUUUGCUUGACAGUGGUGAAAUCAGAGCGAGACAAAACAAAGCCUUAAUAUUCAGCUAGAAGAGAUGAUGAAGAGAUGAUUAUCUGGCAGAUCUACUGUGAAUCUUUGAGAUAUCAGCCUACUAUAUAAAAAAGAGCCCCUUCUAUCUUUUGAGGCGUUUGUUGAGUGAAUAUUGGCAGGCAUUGAUGUGUAUCCUGUGGCAUUGGCAGACAGACAGAAGAAAGAACGUGGUUUUGUGAAAGAAGGUGUAGACUGCUCUCUAGUGUCCCAGCACCAGCAGUAGUGAGAGCAAGCCCUUGACGUUUCUUACCUUUCGAUGUGUGAGAUUGUGUGUGUACUCGUUUGCUCAGCUGCAGAGAAUAAUCUGGCAUUCAGAACACACAGGAUGGUCAGUGGAAGUAAACAAGAGAGCUCUGAAGUGAAAGUCUCAUCUCCAGUCUCCCACUGCCACUCAGCAUAGCGGAUCUUGCCGUCAUUGCCACGGUGAAGGGGCUUGAGCUAAAGGAGUCUGAAUGUGUGCGCGGCUGUCUUUAUAUUUGAUUAUUUGAGCGUGGAUCAAGAAAAUCAUGUUCUAGACUGUUCUUUUGCAUGUGCGGCUUGAAAAAAAAAAAAGAAAACUGUGAAGAGAUCUGAGCAGGGAUUUUUACAAACCUAAAAA